AUGCACUCUCGAUCAGAGCACCGUGGCCUCUCAAAUGUGGAUUUCAUACCAGAAUGCAUGGAAGAAGGCGGCGUCUUCUCAUCGUCCAUGUACGAACCCUUUAGUGUCCUUAUGGCAAGGGGCAACGAAUGGCUAGUAAGGAAUGCCGACUGGGAAGCAGUGACGUGUGAGAGCAUGGAGUUCAAAACUUCAGAUCGAGUCCGGACAGAGAGUAUGACCUAUUGUGAACACGGCCAGAGCCGUACUGCUUACAUCAGGUGUUUGAGGCUGUGGAUAAGGCGACGAGACAAUUUUGACGAACCUUCCCAGCAGCUUGGCUACGUCAAUUGCGUCCCUGAUGUUGUGGAGCAGAAGAUGUUGGGGAGUCCCAAGUUCUUGCCUCUCAACAGCAUGAUCUUAAAGAUGAAUGAGAUGUUACGAUCGAACCCUCUUCCGGGGAAGAUUAUCACCAUCGAAACCCAGGGUCAGAGCAACAUCCGAAUCACCAACAUUCAAAGUGUAGAAUACAAACUCAAGCACGGCCAAUUGGAUACCCAGAGGACGUGGUACACCGAGCAUGGGGAUGUCAAUACGUAUUAUGUACGGAUCCUUCGAGUGGCAUUCGUCCCAACCGAAGAAAUCCAUCUUCCUCCAUAUACUAUUACCUGUCGCACCUUUCAACCUGUUCUACUCGAGCGAGAAGGGAUGUUUACAGCACCGGAAUAUGAGAGUAUGUCCCAGACCAGGUAUCGAGUCGCAGCCUGGAUGAGAUUUGUUGGGGCCACGUUGAUCAGCGCUGAAACCUCCGCCAUACGAUUGGACACUGGUGGGGAAAGAAAGAUGGGUCCAGAAGCGACAUAUACCUUCAACGAAACAAGUCAAAGUGGUGGGAGUAGCACGAGCCGACAUUCCGUAACCGAACGUUGGAUCUACAUCAUCCGGCUUUAUCUGGACGGGGAAUACGAGGAGCCGCCCGCAGAGGUCUUGCCACCCGUUCCCAAAAUCAAAGAGGAUUCCUGUAUCAUAAUCUGA